CAAUGUUUGCAGCAACAUUAGCUACCGCGCGUUAACCGCUGAGUCAACAGGCAGUGGCCGCUGUGUGUCAUGGCCCUGCCACGCUUCUUGGUGCAGGUUAUGGUGGUAGGGAGUCAGAUAGUCGGUCGUGCGUUUGCGCAAGCGCUAAGACAAGAAUUUCGUACUGGUACAGCGGCACGUCAGAGAGCAUCGGAAACUGGCCAGAAGGCUGCAGGAACUAAAUCUGCAGCAGCCAACAGUUUGUCAGGAAUGUCGCUACAAGAAGCGAAGCAGAUACUUAAUGUAGAACUUCUUGAUCACCAACAAAUUAAUGAGAAAUUUGAACAUUUGUUUAAAGUAAAUGAUAGAGCACAAGGCGGUUCUUUCUAUUUGCAGUCGAAGGUCUACCGAGCUAAAGAACGACUAGACAUGGAACUCAAGACUGAUGCCUCAAACGACCAUCAUGAUAGCUGACCAGAACACAAUAUUCCUCCACCAUGUAAACACAAAGGUGAUGAUGUAGUACAUAGUGGUAUGGUUACUAGUUACAACAACACUGACUGGCCGAUCGAGUUUAGAAUACGCAUUACAACCUUUUACAUACACCAUUUAUCUAGCUGACAAUAGAGCAUAGAGAGUGCCCCCAAGGUGCUAGAGCUGCCACACAUGCCAUAUAUACAACCUGGCUUCACCUCAAAAGCCACAAUUGAAAAGCAGGAGGUCGAUCCGCCUCUUUUCCGCGAUGAAAACGUUAUUCAUUGCGUAUGUUUAAACAUACGAUGCAUCGAUCUAGCCUCUUCUAUGACACGGUGUCGUAACCGCGUGUGGAAAAGCGCGAGACUCCGGUUGGAGCGGCCACGCCCCCUGGCCGGAUAUCGAGCGCGUGUUUAGCACGCGCGGAAUGCGUCGAACCGCACGCGUUUUACAUGAUGUUUUGUCUCGCUGCGUCGUGUUUCGCUGUUUUUUCUUUGUCCUCCCGCGAGCCGAACGUCGUUUGCGGAAGACAAUGCGCAGCUGCUUUGUUGGCUUGGGUGUCGCGCAUGUGUCGGAGUGUCACAACACAAGGUGUAGCAUUCCAGUUUGGCGGGACGUCGAGGUGACUGAGUCGGUCAGCUGAUCAUCGGUAAUCGGAAACCCACACCGUUUCAACGACGUGUUGCCACACUGUUCUGCAAAACUCGGAACGCUGACUGAAAAAUAGUACGACACUGUGUGUCUUCGCGUCGCUACCAUGUCACUUUCUCUGCUUCUGAUUGGCGGCGGCUCGUUCGACUGUUGCUGCAACAGCUGAUUGGUUCACGCCCCGGCCACGCAUUCCGGAGAUAGUUGCGUCGCCACCGCAAUCUGGGUGUCAGCCAAGCUCGAGUGGCACACGUUUUCGGCGCGUUUCUCGUCCGCUCGCACGCUCGCAUGCUCGGAACCCCCGCCAUUCGAGCCGAGCAGGAAAGAACAGAUACCGGUGAGUGUCGCAUUUCGUGACCGAGUGAGGCAAUCGGUGAGGUGUGUGUGCGGGAACCGACUCAGCUGUUUUGACCACGCCCCUUGAGGACAUUUAUAACAUAGUUGAGAGAUCGUUAGAUCAGAUCAGCAACAGCUGACAAGCAGACCACAGGGCAGCGGCGGCCCGGCCAGUUGGUUCUCAGAACUUCGUCUUGUCCGUGCGAUGGCCUUCUAUUCGCCGCAUCUCGUUCGAUCGCCGUUGUCGGCGCACAGUGAUUCACCUCAGAGUCAGACCGAGUCCACGUGCGGGUGAGACACCUGGGAGUCUUGUGUGUGUGUGUGUGUGCGUGCGAUCGUGUUCCUCUCCGACGGUCGAGGUGUAUAGAAUCUGU